CGAGGUGCUGCGCUGUCUGUGGGACGGAGGAGACUGCUCAGCCCUCAAUUCAACACACAAGCGGAUAUAGACAUGAACAUUUAGUCAAAUAACAAUCGUUUUAUUAACACACACAAUCCAGAGGUCGGAGGCGUGUGUACUAUCGUUCCUUUUGGGCUGGUUUGCGUCGGCUUGCGUGGAGCACUGCAGCAGCGCGGAGGAGCACGCCGCCGCUACUGUUGUUGUGAGUGAAAAAACAAGCUCGGAGUGUUAGCUGAGCGGUGUGAUCAUUGACAGAGUUCAAUACACACUCGCUUUGGGCGCUCGGAGCGGACUGCGGCCAACCCAGGCACGUCUACAAGAAGCCCUUACAUCUGAAACUGAGUAGUAAAUCCGAACCACAGGCAGCAGACAUUCAAAACAGACACAACUCUCAGUGUUUUUCCGGCCCAGACCGUAUUGUGCCCCAUCAUGAAUGAGGUCACUGUUGUGAGAGAGGGAUGGCUCCUUAAGAGAGGUGAAUAUAUCAAAACAUGGAGACCUCGCUAUUUCAUUUUAAAGACUGAUGGAUCUUUUAUCGGCUAUAAAGAGAAGCCUGAGGUGUCCAGCGAUCACAACCUCCCGCCCCUAAAUAACUUUUCAGUAGCAGAAUGUCAGAUAAUGAAGACAGAACGGCCAAAGCCUAACACAUUUGUCAUUCGGUGCCUUCAGUGGACCUCCGUUAUCGAGCGCACCUUCCACGUCGAGACCAAUGAAGAAAGGGAGGAGUGGAUGCGCUCAAUCCAGGCUGUUGCCAACAGUCUGAAGAGCCAGCAGCAGGACGAGGAGCCUAUGGUCAUAAAGUACGGCUCUCCCAGCGACAGCAGCGGAGCAGAGGACAUGGAGGUGGCAGUGUCCAAGGCUCGCAACAAAGUGACCAUGAGUGAUUUUGAUUACCUGAAGCUUCUCGGUAAAGGCACUUUUGGUAAAGUCAUCCUAGUGAAGGAGAAGGCCUCAGGGAUGUACUAUGCCAUGAAAAUCCUCCGCAAAGACGUCAUCAUUGCUAAAGAUGAAGUGGCCCACACUGUUACAGAAAGCAGAGUACUUCAAAAUACAAGACAUCCCUUUUUAACUACUCUCAAAUAUGCAUUUCAAACCCACGACCGGCUAUGCUUUGUGAUGGAGUAUGCAAAUGGAGGAGAACUCUUCUUCCACUUAUCUCGAGACCGUGUGUUCACUGAGGACAGAGCUCGCUUCUAUGGAGCUGAAAUAGUAUCAGCAUUAGAGUAUUUGCACUCAUGUAAUGUUGUUUACAGAGAUUUAAAGCUGGAGAACCUGAUGCUAGACAAGGACGGACACAUGAAGAUUACAGACUUUGGCCUUUGUAAAGAAGGGAUCACAGAUGGAGCCACAAUGAAGACUUUCUGUGGGACUCCAGAGUACCUAGCACCAGAGGUGUUGGAAGACAAUGACUACGGGCGUGCGGUGGACUGGUGGGGUUUGGGCGUCGUCAUGUAUGAAAUGAUGUGCGGCCGUUUGCCUUUCUACAACCAGGACCACGAGCUCCUAUUUGAGCUUAUUCUGAUGGAGGAGAUCCGCUUCCCCAAAAACCUGGGUCCUGAUGCCAAGUCCCUGCUGGCAGGUCUGCUCAAGAAGGACCCCAAGCAAAGACUUGGAGGAGGACCAGACGAUGCCCAAGAAGUGAAGAGCCACGUGUUCUUUAUGUCAAUCAACUGGCAAGAUGUGAUUGACAGAAAGCUCAUUCCACCUUUCAAGCCCCAGGUCACUUCAGAAACAGACACCAGAUAUUUUGACGAUGAAUUCACGGCACAAAGCAUCACUAUAACACCCCCUGAUAAAUAUGACAGCCUUGAUGCUGAAGAUUCCGACCAGCGAACACACUUCCCUCAGUUUUCCUACUCCGCCAGCAUACGAGAAUGAGCAGGCAACCCCUCCCACUUCUACACACACAUGUGCACUGCUGGGAAACACACAACUGGCACAAUUUACAUACUCACUCUGUCUCAUUUGGGCAAUUUAGGCAUCAGAUCUUUUUAAAUGAAGACGCAGGCUGUGAAUGACUGCAGAAGGUUUGUGUGUGGGAGACUGGCAGCUUUGUCAAGAUAUCCUCUCUUUCACUACACACACCACAUUAAGGCCUUGACACUUGAGAACCAGGUUAUGCCAGCAAGUUUUACCUUUUUACCAGCUGUACCCAUACAUUACCCUCUUAUGUGUGAAGCAGUCCCAGCAAUUUAGUUUUAUAAACUUUAAAGAUGCAUUAUGUAACUUUUUUUAGUGUAGUCUCCCACCUGCUUGUCUCCAUGGAAAUGUUAUACCCUUAAAUCAUACUUACUGAGAGCAAGGCUGCAUCCAUAGAUUUGAUCAGUAACUUCACCCACACAUGCCACUUUUUGUGCCCAUGGAGGUUGAUACAUAUGAUCAGUCUGUAUAAAGAAGUGGACUAAGGUAGUGUGAUGUCACCCAUAGCGUUUUGCUCCAGCCAAAUGAAGCUUAUGAGGCCAGCAGUUCAAAGAUCAAAUUUGGAGCAGAGUUCCAUAUUAGAAAUUUAUUUAUGGACAAACUAGCAAAAUAAAACCAGAGUGGGUUAAUAUGAACAUUUUAACACCAAAUGAUGAGUCUCACUGUAGUAGUUACAGAGAGAGCGUUGACAGUUUUUCCCAAUGUAAAGUCGACUGGAUACAGUUGAUGGAGCUGGAAGUGCCCCCAUGCCCACUUCCUAUUUGUUCUAUGUUGGCUAGCGGGUUAGCUAUGUGCAUUUAUAUAUACAGUCUAUGCAUAACAUGCAAGCCCCAGGAUCUAAAAAUGGCUGCCCAUUCAUGUCAAUGGGCCGAGCUCAAAGGAGCAUGUCUCCAGAUUAGCCUAGCCUGGCUAGGUACUUUCCAGUGGCUCCCUGCCCAUUGAACAUGCGCAGUAGUGCUCUUUUCUCCCACAGGCACACACGAAUGCACAAAAGUGCACACAAGGAGCGCGGGUUUGCGUGCAUUUGCUUUGACCAAUCAGAGUGAGAGGAGCUAGCGUGGAGGAGAGCGUAGCCAUAACUUACAUAUUAAAAAGCUGUUUUUAAAACAGCAGACUGAUUUUGAGCUGAGAAAACGUUUAUGAUCUGAAAAUAGGCAAAAAUCAUCACAAAAUCCGACAUUUUUUCAAGUUAAGUUGUAGGUGCCCUGUCAGCCGAACCCAAGUAGUUUGUGUUUACAUUGCACUCUAUGAGAAAAAUCGUUUCUGGGCCGGGGGGAUUUUUUCACUGAAGUACCAGUGAGUGGCCACUAUGCCAACUCACGACAGCUACAAGCUAGCAAUACAAUAUCCAGUUAUUUAAUAGAUCAAUGAUGUUAUGGAACAUUUAAGCAAAGCAAUAAGAGACAAGCAGGUAGCAGACCCUUCACUCAAAAAGGUACAUAGUGCAUCUUUAGAAACACAGCAUUUUAUGGUGAUGUUUUUUAAUAGUUUUAAAUGUAAAGCCAUCGAGUGCAUAAUAUGUGAUGUGCAGUGGUGACCAAAGUUAUUAGUACACCUGACAGACAGGACAAAGGAUCAACACCAAAGUUAAAAACUGAGUGCUUAUGUUAAUGCUAAAUACGUAAAAUGUUCGUUAACAUACAUUAAAUAUGGUUAAUGUGGCUGCAUGCCCCUCUAUAUUACUACUGCUUUGGGUCUAUAUUUAAGACUAAUAUUGUUGUUUCCUUUUUUAGCUUUUUUUUCUGCUGUUCUGGUUUUGACAAGGAUAUUCACAGUGAAAUGGGUCUAACUGUUCCUCAUAAUAUAGAAAUGACCAAAAUUUCCUAAUUAGAAAUGAUAGUAUUCUACAAUUAAAGAUAUUUAGAGAGAUUUAAUUUAUUUUAGUUAAAGUAUUAACAUAAUGUCAGGUGAGCUAAUACAUUUUGCCACCACUGUUAUUGGUUUUUCUUUACAAGUUCUAAAUCAUGUGUUUUAAGUUAGUAAAGUAGGAGUUAAGUGGGAGAAUUGCUAGACCGGGUAACGCACGUCUGAGCAGGUCUGUAAAGUCUGUAUGAGAGUUGUUGAUUUUGAACAACCAUUUUAACUGUGGCUCAUUAUGUGUUUCAUGCAUGUAUGUUUCAAAACAUCUUAAACAAGAGACCACACUACACAGCACAGCCUUUUUAAAGUUGCACUAUGUAACUUUUCUGGUAAGCAUGUAAUACAUUCUAACCAGAAUCACCUAAUCUAAAUCCUGGCGUACUGCUGGAAAGUGAAGUAUUUAAAGUGAACUUCAAUUAAGUUUGACAUUUGCAUUGAGAGCUAAAAUAUGAUUAUUAUUUUUUUAAACAUUCCUUUUUUCCCAUGUGUUCCUGAACGAUGGGUUGCUAUAGAAACCUGCAUGGCAAAUGUUUCACGUUGUGCUCAGGAUAAAGAUAAACCAGCCAUUUCAAAACUUUUAAGGCCAGUUCUGUGAAAGACACAAAUCCGCAGCAUGUAUAUCUCUAAUAAAUAUUAACUAACCAUUGCUUUCCACGCUUCCAAGUUCAGUAAUCUGUAAAUUGUUAGGCACCAUUGUACCAUUCCUAACUGUGUUUUAUGUUUAAAUUAUAUUUUAAUUUAAGCCUCUGAAUGUUCCUGUAUUUAAAGUGUGAGAGAGAGCUAUUGUUGGUCAAAACCCACUUUAAGUGAUUCCACAUUUUACAUUUAUUCUAUUUUUCUUGCUGUAUCUAAGCUCUUAAAUCAACGUUGUCAUGCACCUGCACCAGUUUUCCAUUUUUACAUUCCAACAAAGCACUUUUCAUUCUUGAAUUCUCAGCUAAACUAUGCCGCUUGAGAAUUAGAAAGUAUUUCAUACAUCAGCUGAGUUCCUUUUAAAUGCCACAAAAACCUGUUUUUAGAGUCAUGACCGCACAAGGUUUAGAGGUUUUUGACAGCGUUCUGAAGUGCUCAUAUUGACGCAAGCAAAUUCCAUAUUGCUGGAAAAAAAUAUCACUUUUUUUAUUUGUUAUUGUUCAUUAUGUUAAUUUUUUAUCACUGUUGUCCAUUUCGCAAAUUCUUUUGACACCUGUAUACGUUAUAUAAAGUAUCUAUAUUAAAAGUUUUUAAACAUUCCAUA